AUGCUUUUUUUAACAGGGUAGCUGACUUGGGGCGGAAAGAAUUUCAGCUCAACUGGAACCACAGGCAAUAGCGAAUAUUUCAUUGUUGCUUUUCAAAGUGAGUUGGGAAAUUACCAGCCAGCCAUUUUUGGAUUUUGUGUCUGUGAAUCCUGGUGGCAGUUGCUUAUGUACAUGUUUUCAUGAAGAGAAGCGAGAAGCCAGAAGGGUAUAGACAAAUGAGGCCUAAGACUUUUCCUGCCAGUAACUACACUGGCAGCAGCCGGCAAAUGUUACAAGAAAUACGAGAGAGCCUUAGGAAUUUGCCUAAGCCCUCAGAUGCUGCCAAGGCUGAACACAAUAUGGGUAAAAUAUCAACUGAAGAUCCCAGACAAGGCCGAAAUCCCACCAAAUUUGUAAUGUAUCAUAAAGCAUUGCAGGAAAUUCGAAACUCCCUUCUGCCUUUUGCAAAUGAAACCAACUCUUCAGCCAAAGGAACUUCUGAAGUAAAUCGACAGAUGCUUCAAGACCUACAAGCUGCUGGGUUUGAUGAGGAUAUGGUUGUACAAGCUCUUAGGCAAACUAACAGCCGUAGCAUAGAAGCAGCAAUUGAAUUCAUUAGUAAAAUGAGCUACCAGGAUCCUCGUCGAGAACAGAUGGUUGCAGCAGCAGCCAGACCUGUUAAUGCAGGCAUGAAACCACCAGCAGGCGGCGUACAGCAAUCAGUUAACCGCAAACAGAGCUGGAAAGGUUCUAAAGAGUCCUUGGUACCUCAGCGACAUGGCCCUCCACUGGGAGAUGGUGUAGUUUAUCGCUCAGAAAGCCCUAGUUCUCAGACAGAUGUAGGAAGGCCUUUAUCUGGUUCUGGAAUAACAGCAUUUGCUCAGGCUCAUUCUGUUAAUGGACAGCGAGUGAAUCCACCACCUCCACCACAGAUGAGGAGUGUUACACCCCCUCCUCCACCACCUAGAGGGCAGACUCCUCCACCAAGAGGAACAACUCCGCCACCUUCUUCCUGGGAACCAAAUUCUCAAACAAAACGUUAUUCUGGAAGCAUGGAAUACAUGAUUUCCCGCAUUUCACCAGUGCCGCCAGGAGCAUGGCCGGAUGGCUAUCCACCCCCACCUAUGAAUCCUCCACCCAUAAACACGUCUACACAGGGCCAGAGAGGUAUUAGUUCUGUUCCUAUUGGCAGGCAACCGAUCAUCAUGCAGAGUUCUGCUGGUAGUAAGUUUAGCUUUCCAUCAGGAAGAGCUGGAAUGCAGAAUGGCAAUUGUCAGACAGACUUCAUGGUUCAUCAGAACGUUGUGUCUGGGAACUCAAUGAAUCGCCAACCACCUCCUCCUCCAUAUCCUAUUUCCCCAACUAACAGACAAAGUCCGACAGCUUUGCAGAUGCAAGCAGGAGGAUCUGCUCCUCCUUCAGCAUACACCAAUGGAAACAUUCCUCAGUCUAUGAUGGUGCCAAAUAGAAACAGCCACAACAUGGAACUUUAUAAUAUAAAUGUACCUGGUAUACCAACAUCCUGGUCACAGCCUUCAGCUACACAGCCCCAGUCAUCACCUGGCAAUGGACACGAAAUCCCUACGUGGCAACCUAACAUUCCAGUAAGGUCAAACUCUUUUAAUAACCAUCAUGGAAGCAGACAGAGUCACUCUGGUAAUUCUCAGCCUUCAGCCACUACAGUAACAGCUAUAACACCAGCUCCCAUUCAGCAGCCAGUAAAAAGUAUGCGUGUGUUAAAGCCAGAGCUGCAGACUGCCUUAGCACCAACUCACCCUUCCUGGAUGCCACAACCAGUGCAGACAGUCCAGCCCAUCCCCUUUUCUGAAGGUCCAUCUACAAAUAUGACAGUUAUGUCUCCUGUUACAGAGGCUCCCAAUUACCAAGGUCCUCCACCACCUUACCCAAAACACUUGCUGCACCAGACUCAGUCUGUCGGUCCUUAUGAGUCAGGAGCCAAACCUAGCAAAGAUGAUCAGUCUGCUUUGCCUAAAGAAGAGGAGAGUGAAAAGAAUUAUGAAUGCAUUGAUGGAGCAGAUAAGGAGAAGAAACAAAUAACAACCUCACCUGUUCCAGUUAGGAAAAACAAGAAGGAUGAAGAACGAAGAGAGUCUCGUAUUCAAAGCUAUUCUCCUCAGGCCUUUAAAUUCUUCAUGGAACAACAUGUGGAAAACAUACUAAAGUGUCAUCAGCAGCGAUUGCAUCGUAAGAAACAACUAGAAAAUGAAAUGAUGAGGGUUGGCUUGUCCCCUGAAGCCCGGGAUCAGAUGAGAAAGAUGCUGUGUCAGAAGGAGUCUAAUUACAUUCGUCUCAGAAGGGCUAAAAUGGACAAAACGAUGUUUGUAAAGAUUAAGACCCUUGGGGUUGGAGCAUUUGGAGAAGUCUGCCUAGCAAGAAAAGUGGACACUAAUGCUUUAUAUGCAACGAAAACCUUGCGGAAGAAAGAUGUGCUCCUUCGGAACCAAGUUGCUCACGUUAAAGCUGAGCGUGAUAUCCUUGCAGAGGCUGAUAAUGAGUGGGUGGUUCGCCUAUACUAUUCAUUCCAAGAUAAAGACAACUUAUAUUUUGUAAUGGACUACAUUCCAGGAGGUGAUAUGAUGAGUCUUUUAAUUAGAAUGGGUGUCUUUCCAGAAAACCUGGCACGGUUUUACACUGCAGAGCUCACCUGUGCGGUUGAAAGUGUUCAUAAGAUGGGGUUUAUUCACCGGGACAUUAAACCGGAUAACAUUUUGAUUGAUCGCGAUGGUCAUAUCAAACUGACUGACUUCGGGCUUUGUACAGGUUUUCGAUGGACCCAUGAUUCCAAAUACUACCAGAGUGGUGAUCAUCCACGUCAAGACAGCAUGGAUUUCAGUAAUGAAUGGGGUGAUCCAGCCAGUUGCAGGUGUGGAGAUAGACUUAAGCCACUUGAGCGUAGGGCAGCACGCCAGCAUCAACGCUGUUUGGCACAUUCACUUGUUGGAACACCUAAUUAUAUUGCACCAGAAGUACUGUUGCGAACAGGAUAUACACAGCUAUGCGACUGGUGGAGUGUUGGAGUAAUUCUCUUUGAAAUGUUAGUAGGGCAGCCUCCCUUCCUGGCACAAACACCAUCAGAAACGCAAAUGAAGGUUAUCAACUGGCAAACAGCUCUUCAUAUUCCACCCCAAGCUAAGUUGACUCCAGAGGCAUCUGACCUUAUUAUAAAACUCUGCCGAGGGCCAGAAGACCGCUUGGGCAAGAAUGGUGCAGAUGAAAUAAAAGUGCAUCCGUUUUUUAAAACUAUUGAUUUUUCAAGUGAUUUGCGACGGCAGCCCGCUUUCUACAUUCCCAAAAUUGCUUAUCCAACAGACACAUCAAAUUUUGAUCCAGUUGAUCCAGAUAAGUUAUGGAGUGAUGAUAAGGAAGGGAAUGUAAAUGACACCCUUAAUGGAUGGUACAAAAAUGGGAAACAUCCUGAACAUGCUUUUUAUGAGUUCACAUUCCGAAGGUUUUUUGAUGAUAAUGGCUAUCCUUACAAUAAUCCAAAGCCCAUUGAAUAUGAAUACAGUAAUCCACGAAACUUGGAGCAGCAGUCAGAUGACGACGAUGGACAGGCAGGCAAAGGGGUUCAAAAUCGUGAUCUAGUUUAUGUUUAACAUUGAAGUUGAAAAUGAUUUAACUGAAUGUUUUUUGCAGUUAGCAUUUUUUAAAAUGCUUCUCAAUAAGAGAAUUGAUAGAAGGUUGCUAGGGUGAAUAUGUGCACGUUUAAAAGAAAAAUUUUAUGAUAGAACAUUUUUGUUCUCUGCACAUUGUUUCCCUGAAAUGCAGGAAACUCCAUUUCAAACAUUAAUUUAUUCCAGCAUUAUGAUCAUUUUAAUUUAGAAAAGAAUUGAAGUUAGAAAAAAAUAAAUUAUGUACCAAAUUUUAUUAUCAAUUCUUUGUACUGGAAGUACUCAAAAUAGGAGAAAGUGAUUUCUUUAAAAGGAGAUGCCUGUUAUCUAUUUGUACAUAUGCUAAAUAAUUUAAAACAAAACUCCCUUUUGUUCCAGUUUUUUUAAUGACAAUUCUGCCUUGUGUUGACCAAAUACAGAAUGUUAUGCUUACAAAGCAAUCUGAUUUAUCUGACACAAGUCUGCUUUGCUUUGUCUUCCCACAAUAUUCACCCCCAUUCUACGUAAAAUAAGCCAUUUCCCUGGUAAGUAUUCCCAGUGCCCUACAGUAACUGCACAGUUCACAGCUUUGAAACAAAGAAGUGACAGUCUUGGACAAAAUAUGACUAUAAAUGGUAAAGUGUUAAAUUUGUGGAGGUUUUGUAUUUAACUUAAAUGACUUUUAAAAUAACUGAAUUUAGGGCACUGUGGUACUCUAGAACUAGCAUGAGUGCUUAAUACUAAUUUAGCUCUCUUCCUAUGGGCAGCUCUUAAAAGAUGUGGCGGGAAUUAAGUUUUUGGGGUUUUUUUCUAAAAAUUUAUACUGAAACUCUGCAGUCUCAUUUCUGAUUGAAAUGAAGUUGUAAAGUCUGUAAAAACUUUAUAGCUUGGGGGGAAAAUUAUAGCUUGAAAAA